UAAACACUCGUUACAGUCGGUAUUUUAACUACAGUGUUUGUUGUUAGUGCAUUCGAUUGUAGAAUUUACAUAAAUCUUUCAUACAAAACAAUAAAAGAACAACGCGUAAUGACUCUUGAAACAGAUGACCAUUUCAAUGAUACCCUGAACGAUGCAAUAGGCUUCGACUCAACAUGGAAUACAAAUCGAUCAAUUAAAGUCGUUUCACGACAAAUCGGUACCGAUGAGCUCCCAACAACAAAGGACCAGUCAAGCACUACAGAAGCUGCUAAAAGUAUCGGAACGCAAACGGAGUACGCAAAAAAUUUUGGCCAAGUAAACGAACAAGAACUGGCCAAAUGGUUGAGAGACAUUUAUCCGAUGGUGGAAAAGGAAAUCCAGCAAGGAAUUACAAACGUGUUCGACUUCUCCAAAUUCCAACUAUCCGACGUAUUGUCAUUUCAACCCACUCAAACAAUCAGUGCGAUCGAUAAGAAUCUCACCGAAAAUCUGGAUGCGAAAAGUCUGAUCCAUGGCUGCGCUUGUUGGUUGUCGGUGUCAACACAGAAUGCUCCAUUAAUAGCGAUUGCUAGCUCAUACUCGCACGACGUGUGGUGUAACCAUUCAAGUGCAGUGAAGGUGUUCCAGCCGAUCAGAAACAAAGCUAACGGCUCCGUUAACUACCAAGAGCUGAAGACGCUUCCUGUCAAAUCAUGUAUUAAUUCACUGGUCACUAAUCCACACAAUAAAGACAUAUUUGCUGGUGGAACAUUUUCUGGAGAUCUGUACAUUUGGAAGUAUGAAAUCCGAAGUGACGGAGGCAUUAUAUCGGAGCACUUUUCGGAGACAUCGCAAUUCGGUGGAAAUAUUGUGGGCAUAACUUGGAUGAAGGCGAAUGCCGCGAGUCGAGACUUCGAUCUGUUAACCGGUCAUGUCGAUGGUGUUAUCGUUUUGUGGAAAGUUGGAAAGGUCUUGGUCAAAGACAAGAUAUUUAAAAUCAAAUCGCUGAACGAUUCUGACGAACUUGCUGUGCUAUCGUCGAUCGUUUCGUUUUCUAGAACCGAUUUCAUCGUUGGUACAGAAGAAGGCAGAGUUUUACUGUGCUCGUUGGCCCAUAGCCAAAGCAACGAAACCUUUUACGAUCCGGUCAUUAAUGAACUUGAGCCACACACAUUUGCUGUACCAACGUUGAUACAUUCUAAUUACCGAGAUCAGGCUGUUAUAGUAUCCUGUGAUGUCAGUGGAGUGGUGUGUUUCCGGUGGAUUGGAGAAAGCAGUGACCUUUGGAAAACGGUUAAGAUGCCUAUGCCAUUUAAGGGUAAAAUAUGCUGUACCCAAAAUCUGGAGCAUCUGUUGUCGGCAGGACAGGACGGAACAUUGGACGUAUUCACAAUUGCCACAGAAAUCCGAAAAACUUUUCAAGGACAUCUAAUCGGACCUGGAGAUGCUAUUUCCAUCAGCGAAAAUGGUUGCUGGAUCGUAACUGGGUGUUACCAGGGUUUGUUUAAACUAUUCGAACUGCAAGAAUGAGUUUGAGAAAAU